CUCUCGUCAAGACUGCAAUCAAGGUAAUUUGGUAGUUUGACACAAUGAGUACCCCACGAAGAUCCCAACAAAUCAGACAGGAGAGGAUGUCUGCAUCUGCCCUGCGUUUUAUCCACUAUAGGAGAUUGAGUUCAGUUGUGGUGCCUGGUCUCAACAAGGUGCUCCGUUGGAAGGAUUUAAGAAAGGUUGCCAAAGUAACAGGUGCAAUUGUGUUCGGAGGCUGCCUUUUUAUCACAUAUGAGGUGGCGGCCUUAGACAAAGCUGUGACCAUAGACACCAGUGUGAUUCUUCAAGAGAAGUACAAGUCUUACAUUUAUCUGCGAACCAGUCCCUCGGAUGAAAAGGAUAACCUUGCUGCAGGGCUCACUCAGAAGACAAGGAGGGAACUCCACAAAGCAGCGAGACGGUUUCUAGAAAUAUCCUCACGGCUUCUGCUUCAGUCAUUGGAUGCUGCCAAGUCGGUGACACAAAGUUUGCGACUGCAAGAGCGACUAACUCAUGUAGAUGCAGACCCACAUGAGGUGGCGCUGUGGGUCCUACUAAAAAGGACACAAUCCGACAAUGGGGCCGCCAGAAUACAAGCUGUGCAGGACCUUGCAGACAAUCACCACUGGCAUGACUACCAGUAUCAGACCGCUGCCCAAGUUAUAGACCAAAGAACCGCCGUGGGCCUCGCUCGGACUCCAUGGGCCGACCUGCGAUUCUUCCUCCCUGGGCCUGCACUUCCUGACCUUAAUGAUAGUUUCUCAGCAGAGGACGGUCUGAGGCAUCUGCUCGCUUCUCUGCCACAAUCCGAGGUAGACAAGUGUGUUCAGUAUUUCACGUCGCAGGCUCUCAGGGAGAGCACGCACUCGUUAGCAGCGCAGCGGGGUGGCCUGUGGUGUUUUGGUGGCAACGGGCUGCCCUACGCCCAAAGCCUCACCUCUGUUCCCUCUGAGAAGGUGGAGUCCUUCUGCCUACAAGCCCUAGUGCAGCACUCCAAGGUUCAAAGCCACUGUGACCACAUAGUGUCCAACGGGGGUCUCCAACUUCUUCAAAGGGUUUACCAGCUAAGGAGAGACUCCCAGAAGAUUCAGAGGAACAUUGUGCGAAUCAUUGGAAACCUGGCGCUCAAUGAGAGCAUUCACAAGGCCAUUGUGCAAUCGGGAUGGGUGUCGGUCCUGGCCGAGAUGAUGCAGUCUCCUCACGUCAUGCAGGCGUCCCAUGCAGCUCGCGCCCUCGCCAACCUUGACAGGGAGACGGUGAAAGAAAAGUAUGAAGAUGGAGUCUACAUUCUACACCCGCAAACACGUGACAAACAGCCAAUUAAAGCAGACGUGCUGUUCAUCCACGGUGUCCUGGGGGCAGCCUUUAAGACAUGGCGCCAGAAGGACAAAAGUGUGUUAGAUGAAGAGAACACCAAAGAUGGCAGGGAUGAUUACACAGAGUGUUGGCCAAAGUCAUGGUUAGCUGCUGAUUGUCCACAUCUGAGGGUGUUAUCAGUGGAAUAUGAUAGCCACCUCAGUGACUGGAUGGCUCAGUGUCCUGCUGAGAAUCAAAGGAAGUCCUUGGCCAGCAGAAGCCAAGAGCUGCUGAAGAAGCUAAAGAUGGCAGGGGUUGGAGACAGGCCGGUGGUCUGGGUAGCUCACAGUAUGGGAGGCUUGCUUGUGAAAAAAAUGCUAAUUGAUGCCUCUGAAGACCCAGACAUGCAGGACCUGUUAAGGAACACCAAGGGCAUUUUGUUCUACAGCGUACCUCAUCACGGCACCUUUAUGGCGGAAUACUCAGUCAAUGUCCGAUAUCUCCUCUUCCCCUCCAUCGAAGUCCGAGAGCUUUGCAAAGACUCACCAGCCCUGCGCGACCUGAACGAGAACUUCUUGAACAUAGCCAAAGGGGAACAAAUUAAGGUGUUAAGCUUUGCAGAGACGCUUCCCACAAACAUCGGUCCUAUGAUCAAGAUACUGGUGGUGCCAGCACAGUCAGCAAACAUUGGCAUUGGGGACCUGAUUGAAGUGGAUGUGGAUCAUCUGAGCAUCUGCAAGCCAGAGAAGAAGGAGUCAUUCUUGUACAAGCGCAGCCUUCAGUUCAUCCAGGAAACAUUGCAGAGCUCCAUCAGCCAUUGACGACCACUGUUAACUUAACAUACUUGAACCAGCUUCCUGGUCCCACAGAAAUAACGACUUAUGUCAUUUUCGUGUAAUGAGAAUUAACAUGAAUAACCAGGGAAGAGUUAUUCAUUCUCAAAGCACAAAACUAAAUGCAGAUCUCUCACUAAUACCCAAACCUUAUUUAAAAGUUUAUCAUGGCAACCCUUUUCUGUAAAAGAUAUGCCCAUGAUUUUAUUUCUUACACCUAAAUGAGACAUUUUCUAACAAUUAACACAAGUAGUUUUAAAAAAAAAAAAAGGACUUACCCCUCAGUAUAAAUAAAUGAUAAAUGGGUUAUACUUGUAUGGCGCUUUUCUACCUUCAAGGUACUCAAAGCGCUUUGACAGUAUUUCCACAUUUACCCAUUCACACACUGAUGACGGGAGCUGCCAUGCAAGGCGCUAACCAGCAGCCAUCAGAGGCAAAGGGUGAAGUGUCUUGCCCAAGGACACAACGGACGUGACUAGGAAGGUAGAAGGUGGCGAUUGAACCCCAGUAACCAGCAACCCUCCGAUUGCUGGCACAGCCACUCUACCAACUUUGCCACGCCGUCCCGAUUAUUUAAGAACAAAAGUAUAAUUUAGAUUUUAUUGGUGCAUUUAUAUUUAUGCUUUUUACUGUAUAACAAUCAUAAUGAUGAUCCUAAUUUCAUAACUGACAAUUCAAUAGGAUUUUCAUCUUCAUUCUUUUUGUGGUCACACAUUUCACAAGUGAACAAUAAAAUGUGUUAGGUUGGAGGCGUCAUUUGAGUCAAUCAUUGCUUUAGUAUGUUUUUUUUAACGAAGUUAUCAAUUAAACUGUCAAUUGGCAAUCCCGGCUAACAAUAACAUGCUAAUAGUUAGCUUUACAUGUUGGCUAAAGAGCCAAAGUAGGAUAGUCUUUAUAAUGUGUUUCUUGACAAGUAAAAGCAGGCAUGCAGGGUUUUUUAUUAGUACUAUAGUACAUUUAACGGU